AUGGAUGCAGUAUUGAAUGGAGCAAUAGCUAGAGCUACUACAAUUCUUAUAACAAAUCCAUUUGAUUUAGCAAAAACAAGAUUAUAAGCAUAAGGAGAACUUGUAGCUGAAGAUCAUUUUAAAACAACUUAUUCUGGAGUAAUAAAUACAUUAAUGAAAACAUCAUAAUCAGAAGGAUUGUUUGGAGUUUAAAAAGGAUUAUAGGCUGCUUUAGUAUUGUAGGUUAUAAUGAAUGGAUUGAGAUUUGGUACCUAUGAGAUUGUAAACGAUAUUGCAAAUAAAUAUUUAUACUUAUACAAUUCUUAUGGGUAUGUAAAGGUUUUUCGAAUAUUGAAAAAUAUCAAGUAUGAAGAUUAAGUUUUGUGUCCAGUCCAUUUAAUAUGA